AUGGCUGCUAAGGAAGACAAUCUUGUUUCUUCUCAACACACCAAGAUUGAGAAUGUGUUUUCUAUGAAAGGAGGCAAGGGAGAAGGGAGCUAUGCCAACAACUCCCAAGGCCAGGCCCGUCAUGCAAGAGCAAUGCUUCACCUUCUCAAAGAAACCCUCGACAUCGUCCAUCUGAACUCGCCGGAGCUGCCAUUUACAGUGGCGGACCUCGGCUGCUCCUCCGGGAGGAACACCAUCACCACCGUAGAUUUCAUCGUCGACCACAUAACCAAUCGCUACAAGGCUUUGGGUAAUCGACUGCCGGAGUUUUCUGCCAUCUUUUCCGACCUCCCCAGUAAUGACUUCAACACCCUUUUCCAGCUCCUCCAUCCGGCUGCUGGGAACCGCCGGUCCUACUUCGCCGCUGGCGUACCUGGGUCGUUCUACCACCGACUUUUUCCGGCAAGAUCCAUCAAUGUUUUUCACUCUGUUUUCUCCUUGCAUUGGCUCUCUCAGGUGCCGGAAAGUGUGGUGGACGGCGGAUCGGUGGCGUACAACAAAGGAAAGGUUUUCAUUCACCGGGGAAAUAAGGCGGCGGCCGCCGCCUACAGACGGCAGUUUCAGGCGGACCUGGCCGGAUUCCUCCAGUCAAGAUCGGAGGAGCUGAAGAAGGGUGGGGCCAUGUUUGUUGCUUGCUUGGGAAGAACCUCUGUGGACCCCACCGACCAAGGUGGGGCCGGAAUCCUCUUUGGGACCCACUUUGAGGAUGCUUGGGAAGAUCUUGUCCAAGAGGGAUGGAUAACUAGUGAGAAACGGGAUAGUUUCAACAUUCCACUAUAUGCACCAAGCUUACAAGAUUUUAAGGAAGUGAUCGAAGCAAAUAGUUCAUUUUCCAUAAACAUGCUUGAGGUUUUCAAAGGAGGCAGCCCAUUGGUGGUUAACCAGCCCGAUGAUGCAACUGAAGUCGGUCGAGCUAUGGCCAACACAUGUCGGAGUGUUUCGAGCGCCCUUGUCGAUGCUCAUAUCGGGGAUCGCCUUAGCAAGAAGCUCUUUACUCGAGUUGAACAUAGAGCCACAUGCCAUGCCAAAGACCUAUUUGAGAAACUCCAAUUCUUUCACAUUGUUGCAUCACUUUCCCUUGCUUGAGAAAGUGAUUCCCCUUCCUCUUGCACUUAUAAUUAUCUCAUCUCUUGCUUUCUUGUUUCUCUUGUUGUGUGGUUUUGUUAAUUAAUCCCUAAAGGAUGGAAGAUAUGGGAAAACCCCAUUAUUUUCACCGUCCCUUUCGGUUGGUUAAAUAUAUCUUGUGUCU